AUGGAGCCAAGCAAAGUUACUAGUAAAACGAGUAGCUUGAAAUCAUUAGUGCUGAAAGCUUGGGGAGAACGUUGGACAGAAAUUCAGUGGGGAAUAUCCAUUAAAUCGGUAAAUAAAUAAUUAUUUUUAAUAUUUAUAAUAGGCUUAUUAUAUUAAGUAUUAUGUUCUGUUUCGGCACUGAAAAUAUUAUGUAUUCUAUCAAUUAAAAGUAUAGAAUGUUUUUGUUUCAAUUUCUAUUUAAGUAAAUAUAAAUUAAUUAAUGUAAAAAAAAGGUUAAAAAUUAUAUAGUAAUGUGAUAUAUAGUAAUAAUACAAAUAUGGAUAACUAGAAUUUAAAAUAAUCAAGAGAAGCACACAAUUCUCAUUGGUUUUUCUACUGGAUUUUAAUAGCUACACAGUUGUAUUAUUACAUAACACAACAUUAAUUGAAUAUAAAUUUAUUUGUUAGUAUAUUUUAAGAAUUGUGUACAGUGAAGUGACAGUUUAUAAACCAUUUUGUUAAUCAGGUGUUAUAACAUUCUCAAAAUGACUGCCAAAUCUGAACAAUUUGAAACCAACAAAUGGACAAUUGUAUCUUCCAAAAGCCAUAUACUUGGAUCGGGAUGUUUAUCCCGCAAUAAUGUAUCAUCAUCGCCAUCAUGUCUUUGUGACUUUUGUCAUUUUUCUACAGAACUACAACUACACCAUUUACCUGAAAUGGUAUUUCCUAAAAAUAUUUUAGAAAUUAAAUAUGACGGCCAUUCUGGGAUACGUUUUUGUGCGUUGGAUGCUCUAAGAGAUGUUGAUCCUUUUAAAGCACCUGUAAAAAUUGCUUGUUCAAGGGAAUGGAAGGAAUCUCGAGUUGAUACUGGCCUCGUAGAUAGAGAUGCCAACAUGUUUGAUUGGACCUAUUCAACAUACUAUGAAGGUACAUUAUUUGGAGAUUCAAUUACUGAAGCCACUGAUGUACGUAUAAAUAUGGAGAAACUCAAAGAGCAAGAAGAGAUACUUUUCUACUCAGACUUGAUUCUAUUUGAAGACGAAUUACAUGAUAAUGGUAUUGCUGUAUGUUCUGUGAAAAUACGCUGCAUGCCAAGUGGUUUCUUUGCUUUGUUGCGAUACUUUUUGCGUGUGGAUGGUGUCAUGAUGCGAAUACAUGACACACGUGUGUAUAAAGCGGUAGAAUGGAAUUAUUUCUUAAGAGAAGUUUGUCGCAGAGAAUUAUAUACAAAAGAAAUACCAGUUGGAAAAUCCGGAACACUUACUGAUCCUGGGCUCUUUGCGAAUACCUUACCAAUUGUCUAUGAACGGCAUGAAAAAAUUUCAUUUAAUGAAAUUUGAUAAAUAGAUAAUAGUUCAGCUAUUUUUAAUUGAUAUAAUUUUAAAUGUGUAAAAAAUAAUAAAUGUAUGAAAUUUGAUUGUAUUAAUUACUAACAUUAAUAAAAUAUAAACAUAUCUUAAUAGUUUGACAGAGUACUUUUUAUAACAAUUUUGGUAGGCAACUAUACUAUGAUAGCAUUUUAAAAGUUGCUCAAAACAUUUAUUUGGUCGGUACUGAAAAAAAUUUUGCAGUUAUGCAUAGGAAUUAAAUUUUUAUCAUUUGUUUUAUAGCACAGUUAUAAAACUCAGUCAUGUUUUAAAAAUAUGAUAUUAACUGUAUUCCUAAGCAGAAUUCACACCUAAAUUAUGUAGUGGUGAUACUAUCGACAACCAAUUAUAAAAGGUUUAUGAGUGGACAUGAUUAUGUUUGCAAGACCUAUACAAAUGACAAGGCCACAUAAUUAUGUACUUCAUAGUAGCCUUCAUUGAACAUAGUACCAAUACUAUUAUAAAGUAUUUUAAGGGAUCUUAUGAAAACAAUUUGUUUUCUUUGCAUUUCCCUCAUAUAGCAACACAGACAUUUUUUAAUUCCACAAUUGCAGUUCUCCAGCUGAGUUUAAGACAAAGGAACCUAUUUAUGUAAAAUAGAGUAUUUUACAUUUUAAAAGAGAGUAUUUAUUAUUAAUUAAUAUUAUAUUAGACCUUCAAAUAAUUUUUUUUUUUUUAUUCUAUUUCUUAUUAAGAUAUACAUAUUUAAUUUAUUUUAUUCAAACGAGCUAUAAUCGUGGAAGUACAGAAUAUAUUUUUUGCUAUAUACUCAGAGCUAAAACAUGCAAAGAAAACAAAUUUUAAUAAUAAUACCCCUUAACCAAGUAAUCAAAAUUAGUUAUUAAUACUUAAUAACUAUUAUAUUAUUAUUCUUUGGCGUUAUUUUUUUUAUUAUUAUUAUUAAUAAUACACUCAUAAAAUUAUUAUUUACUAUUUAGUUAUGUUUAUGAAUUUUAUUUUAUUUUAGUAUGAAAAAUGUCUUUAAAUUUAAAAUAUAAAUAAUCGGCUGCCUAUUAUUUAGGUUCUGCCCAGAGGAGUCAGUGGAGAUGUCUAUAAUUUGGCUGACAUAAUAUUAUCACAAGCAUUAGUGGGUUCAUAUCCCAAUGAACUUGUACUCUCCUACUUACGGCAUUCACUAAACUGUCAAGUAAAUUUAAAUAAAUUUUGUUAACUAUAUAAAAAUACUAAUAUUAUAUAUUAUAUUAUUUAUGUGUAUUGUAUUAUUUUAGCUUGUAUCCUAUGCAGCAAUCCUUCAACGUAUUAGCAAGUAUGAUAAGUUCCAUAAGAGAUCAUGUGUUAUUGUUUUACUCGAUUUCCUCGAGUCUACAUUGGUAUGUAUAUAUGUAUAUUUUAUAACAUCUAGAUAAUAUUAAUAAUUUUUUUUUUUUCUUAGAAUGGUAUAACAUGUCGAGGAAAACCAGAAGAAAGUGUUCUUGCCGGAGCAUUGUUGUCACUGGUGGAUUGGCUAUUGACAUGUAUCCGUAGUGGACACUUACCCAAAGACAAUGUUGCUAAUCGGCUUGAAGAUCGUAUCGCAAAUAAAUCUAUUCAAAUUUUAGAACAUCUUCUAAAUAAUGACUUUAUAUUUGCUAUGCUUUAUUUGGCAAAACAUGACGACGCUGGUAAGUGCAUAUAGAGUAAUACACUGAAAUUCAAAAUGUCAUUUAUAAUCAUCUAUUUGUCAAUAUAGAUUUAUACAUGCUCAUUGUAAACAAGUGUCAAGACAUAAGCCAAGAAGUGCAAAAUGCAAUGGACACAAAUAUUCCACAUGUGCACUCAGUUUUAAUGUAAAUAUUUUGGUUGCUCAUUUUGUUCUGUUGUUUUUUUUUUUAUUUAGUUUAUUUCUCAAGUUUAAAAAAAAAAAAAAAAAUAUAAUAAAAAAAAAAACUAAGAUAAAAAGGCAAUAAUAUAGAUAACAAAUUUGUUUUAUUAAAAGUAUUAGUAGGUCAUAUCCUUUUAUUAUAUAGGUAUAUAAUAAUAUGAUACUAUAUUGUAUAUACUUUUAAUAGUAUAGAAAAUCAUUAAUAUUAUUUCCCGACAUAUGUUACUCAUUUUUUAUAUAAUAUUAUAGUAUUUUUUUUAAUAUUAUAGAAAACACCAAAAGUAUUAAUAUAUUUACUUCUAGAAUUUUCAGAAAAAAACUGUUAUAUUAUAAUAUAUCAGUUGUUUUAUGUCUUGUUUAAUAUGAAGUAAAAUGUUUGUUUUAAUAAACAAAAAUACAAAUAAAUGUUAUUGAAAAAGCCAUGUUUGUAAUAAAAUACGUGGGAAAACACAACAAUUUGGAGAUGCAUUUUGGUCUUUAAAAUUCCCUGAAACCAUGUACACCAAGCUACAUAAUUUAGGUCCGUACACAACCAAUUGAAAUUUCAUAUCCUUGUAAUAUAUGAUUUUGUUUUUUACUAUAUUUUUUUUGAUCAAUUUUUCAUUUUAAUUAAACCAUUUUUUAAAAAUUUAUAUCUUUCUAUUGUCUUUUUUUACCUAUUUUAAUUUCUCAUCUUCUAUUUAUUUAUUUAUAUUAAUUUAUUUAUUUUUUUCUAGACAAAUGUGUAAUAUUGACUUUAAAAAUUCAAAAAAACUUACAGCAAUGGAAUCAGUGACAACAUACAAUGAACCAAUUACAUAUGUAGUACAACCAUUAUUGGCCAUAAGGGUUAUGUUGAAUCCUUCAACAGAGACCCAAGUGUUAGUAGAUAAAUUGAAAAUGAUUCGUCAAAUAAAAGUAAGUUAGACCAACUAUUACAAUACCUAUAACAAUAAAUAUUUUUGGAUUCUGAGUGGAGUGACAAGGAAUAUAUUGGUUUUACAAUGAUAUUUUAUUUUUUAUCUGUGGACAACUUUUCUACCAGCAAUUUUCCUCAGAUUUUCAGUUGUAGACUUUCUGUCAUUUUUUGAUUUUCCCCAAUAAAUAAACAGGAAUAUGUACAAAAUGCAUUAUUUCAAAUCGUAAAUAUUACGGCCUUAUAAAACAUGUAUAACCAAAUUCCUCUCAGAAUCAAUCUGUACAGAUUUACAUUAAAUUCCCUUCUAUAUCCUACUUUCCCAAUUUCUCACAAACAAUGACCCUAACCUAUCAAGGGAAGUAUGCCCUCUUUUAUAUGUUAGAUUUAAAUAAUUUUAAUUUAUGGUAGUAUUUUUUUUUUUUUUUUUUGCUUAAUUUGAUUAGUAUUUAGUUAUCCUUUGUUUAUAAUAAGUUACAACUAUUUAAUUUUCCCAUUUAAAAAAAAGGGCUAUAGUAAUCCUCGGUUGUACUGUGAACUCAUCCGAGCAUGUCUCAUGUGUAUGCGAGAUUCAUUGAGUAAAGAAGAUCAUGGACCACAAUGGGGAGCCUUUACAUUCAUAAAACUUCCACACAUCAUAAAACAUUUAUGUGAGGACUCUAAAAGUUUCAAAGCUUCCGAAGAAGUGAUUCAAGGUUUUGAAAUGUUGUUGGAAAUGUUUCCAUUACUGGAUUUUAUUGACUCGCAUACAGCUUGCAGUUCCAUAGAACUGUUACUCAAUGAGUUAGUGAAACUAGACUUUGUCACUGAAAAUCAAUGUAGUUCCAUAAUUUCUAGAAGGUACAAAUUGAUUGUUUUUUCUUGUUCAGUUGAAUAAAAAACUUGAUAUAAAAGAAAAUUAUGAUUAUUAACAGAGCCAAAGUAGUUUCAACACUUAGCAGUCCAAAUCCACCAUCCAAUGUGUUAACAAUUAUUAUGAGAACUGAACCCACAUUACAGCGAAUGCUUAGAACUUUAGAUUCUGAAUACGCUAAAAUACAAGUAAUUUAUUUUUCGAUUUCAUUGUACCACCAAUUUUAAAAUCAACAAUGAUUCUUAUAUGCAUGUACAUCUUUAGGAAGCUUUGGUCAGUGUACUCAGUCAAGUGCUCAUUGGUAAUAGUUUAGAAUUAAUUCUUGCAGCCGCAUCUGUUGAAGGUAAAUUACGUAUGUUUGUAUCAAAACUAAUUAAAGUUAAUGAACACAGCAAACAAAUUAAUCCACAAGAUGGCCCCAAGUUAGUCACUAACGCAAUACUAUUCGAUAUGACAUUUUUAAUACUCAGUUAUAUAACUCAAAAAUAUGGAUACCAGGUAAUUAUAAAAAUAUCUAAAAUAUUACCUAAAAAUAAUAUUUCCUAUUCAAAGGCUAUUUUUCCUGAUUGCGGCAACGAUACAUUUUUCGAAAAAUGGUGUCGACAAUGUAUGGUUGAACUGGGCAAUCCCAAAUCUCAUGAAACUAUCAUGGGCGAAUGUGAUCCAAAUAAAGUUGAAAAACUAUUGACUACAAUUGAUAAUGGAGAAGAUAUAAUAAAUUGGUUUGAAUUUAUUAUUCAAAAUAACAUUUAGUACUAACAGAUUUUAUUGAUUCAACUUUGACUUCAAAUUUUUCAGCGAUACAAGUUGGGAUCAAAUUUGUGUGUCUAUAAUUGGAGCCACGCAUGAUGUCUUAGUAGCUUGGGAAAAUUCCACAUUAAGCAGUAAUGAUGUUAAACGAAUUUUGGACUCUAUGCGAUCAUCCAUGUUUUGUUUACCUAUUUGUGCGGCGGCAUGGCUCUGUUCUUACAUGCAGGUAUAAGCAUUUGCUGUACUUAUUCAGUAUAAAAAAAUGUAUUUUAAUCAAAUUUAAUAAUUAAUUUUUUUUUUAAAAUCAGAUAUUACAUCAAGAUGCUUUACUUAAACCACUAAAUAUGGUACAACAGCUGUUAAAUAUUAAUCCUGAUUCUGAUGAGAGUCCAGAACAUGAACACUACUCUAAAUGGUAAAUAUUUAAAAUAUAAUUUACUUUUUAUUUUUAUUUGUUAUUAACAAUUCAUACUAUUUGUAGUCGUCAAAUAUUGAUGUGUCAAAUUAUUCGUAAAAUGCAGCAAGACUUGCAUCCACCAACAAUGUCAUCCAAACCUUCUCACAGGUUUUUAAAAAAAUUGUUUUCUUUGUUUUUAAUUAGCAGUUAAUUUUCUUAUGUAUUUUUUUAGUAUUGUAUCAAAAGACUCUAUCCUUGAACAACUUGUACCAGUUUGGGAAAGUAUACUGGAAGAAGGCUGGUUAAAUGUGAAAGCUGCUCAAAAACUGAAAACAACAUUAUUUACGGCAGGAUCAGAUUGGUUUGUCAACAAUUUAAUAAAAGUAAUUAAUUAUUUACGCAACUGUAUUCUGUUAUUAUUUGUGUACUAAUGCCGUAAAUCUGUAAUGCUCUGCAGGAAAUGAUGAAAUUACAGUACCGAGACGAAUUAGAAAAAGCUGUAGAUUUAUUGUUUGCAAUAUUCCAUUUCGAUAUUGAAUUCUGUACUCUCGCAUUACUCGAGCUGAUGCCUCAAUACUUAUUUAAUCCAGAUAUGUAAGUAUCAAUGUUUUGUUUGUACAUUUGACGAGUUUUAAAUAUUUAUACUUACAGAAACGUGGAACUAAUUGAACCACAACAGACUGCAUUGGCUAAACUAUGUUCGUAUUGCAUUUAUGCGUCAGUCGAAUUACAACAGAAUAGUCUAGUAAAAGAUGAUGUUCACACUACAGCAAAUAACAUGGACAUUGUAAGGACUGUAUAUAUAUAUAUUUGUUUUAAAUUACACACAUUCUUCAGUAAUUUAUUUUUUCUCAAGGAUAUUGAUAAUUCAUGGCCGCCAAACAAAAUAAUGCGUUUGGAGAAUGGAGAUAACGAUACCAGUGAAACUGGUAUAAGCGGAAUACUACUAAGAGCACUCGUAGCCCUUUUUCGACGUAUAGCUGUAGUUGCUUCAAGACAUGAACAAUUAUGUAGGGAAACUCAUUUUGUAUUGAGAUUACUUGAGCAGCUCGUUAUGUGUGGGCGGGGAUCUUCACAAAUUAUUCUUAAACACUUGCCACCAUCUCUGGUUAGAUAUUAUUAUAGAUAAUCAUUCAUAUACUGUCAUUAUUGAAUUUUUUUUAUGACAUAGCUACCAAAUUUAAUACGCUGCGUUCCGGAAUUGUUUACUGUUGAUUUAAUAUUAAACUUGUAUGAUUUGAAUUGGCCAUCAGGACGAAAAGCAGCAACCAGUGAUUUGUGUCUACUGCAAAAGACCCGCUGUGCAAAAAACACAGAGUAAUGCUAAUACACUUAUAAAUUCCUAUUGAAAUAUAAUGAAUAAUUGACUUGAAACUUUAAUUGAUUUCAGAAACUUGUAG